UGCAAACCAUCCCCCUCAUUUACACGGAGUAUGAACGCGUUGAAAAUACCGUCAACGAUGCUCCUCUUGCGAGACAAGGGUAAAUCUUCCAGGAGGCCUAAUCACAUUUCUCGACGUCGAAAACAACUCAAAUUCAGAAUCGUCUAAAAGUUUCUCAAACGAUUCAUAGUUUUCCUGAUUCCUUAUUUCCUGCGAGACCAGGGAAUUGAAAAGCAUAACCAAUCCAUUUAGUCGCACGGGAAGGAAGAAGCUGAAUUCUUGCGCUUCAUGAUCUGCACUCUGCGCCAACUCCAUGAUGGCGGCUACUAGACGCGCUUAGCUUUUCUAUCGUAUUCCAGUAAUUUUCCCAGAAUAGGGAGGCAUGUGCAUGUGCAACUAUUCACCAUAAUUAAAUGUGUGCUGAAGGAUCAAUAAGAGAGUGUUGGACCAAAUACAAAGUUGUUGGUGAAAAUUCUAGACAAACUAAGCUCGAAGUUAAACCAGCAGGUUCUAAUGGAAAUUAUGACUCUUGAAAAGUUGAAAGAGAAUGAUGAACGAAUUCAAAGUACAGGAGAAUCUGAACAUGUUGAUGAAAUGCAUCUCAGAACUCACAGGCAUGAGCAUAUAAUUACAGUAGAAAACUCCCGAAGCUGCAGCCCAGUUCCAAUAGUAAACACUCAUAUAAUAUCAAAUUUCAGCAGAAAGGCACAAAUUUCAAGUUUGUAUGGGGGGUUGCCAAUCACAAGCUCAGAAGAUCGUCCCAAUUGCAUGUCCAAUGAAAAAUCUCAAGUUCAUGAUGGUGUUUUCUCUGACUCCAAUGCUAAUCCUACUUUUGCACAAGUUAUAUCUAUAGAGACAACUGACACCGCUUCACCUGUGUUAUCAAUUGGACGAUUGAGUUCCACCAGGGAUACUUCUGAGAAAGUAAGAUCUGAGCCAUCAGUUUCUGUGACUCCAUCCUUCUCACAAGUCGAACCCCAAUUUCCACUCAGAUUGUCUGUGGAAAGAAAAGGUGGUAUAGUUGGACAACAGCCACAGAAACUUCCUGAAGUUGUUUGUUCUUCUGAGAUUGAGCCCAGAUCUGAUUUGGUAAGUGCUGAAGCCAGAGUUCAGAAGUUGGUCGAGAACUUGAAUAGCAAUUCACUUGAAACUAUUAGAGCUGCAAUAGCUGAACUCCGAAGUCUUGCGAAACUUAAUACUGAUAACCGGAUUAUGAUUACAGAACAUGGAGCAAUCAGCUUUUUGGUUAAAUUGCUAUAUUCUACAGAUGCAAUAAUUCAAGAGCAUGCUGUUACAACACUUCUCAACCUAUCAAUCUAUGAAGACAACAGAAUUGCCAUUGCUGAGGCCAAUGUAAUUGAACCUCUAAUUCACGUCCUUGGUACAGGAACCCCUGAAGCUAAGGAGAACGCAGCUGCCACUUUCUUUAGCCUUGCUAUGGUGGAGGAAAACAGGGUAAAGAUUGGGAGGUCUGAGGCCAUUGGGCCUCUGGUUGAACUACUAGGGAAUGGGACUCCUAGGGGAAGGAAAGAUGCAACAACUGCAUUGUUUUAUCUGUCUAUGCUUCCAGAGAACAAGGUCAAGAUUGUGCAAGCUGGAGCUGUACAGCAUCUUGUGGAGUUGAUGGAUCCAUCAAUUGGAAUGGUUGACAAGACAGUUGCUGUUCUAGCAAAUCUUUCUACAAUCCAGGAGGGGAAGGUUGAAAUUGGUAGAGGGGGUGGGAUCCCUGUGUUGGUCGAGGCUAUUGAAUUGGGUUCUGCUAGAGGAAAAGAGAAUGCAGCAGCUGCACUACUACGGAUCUGCUCAUCCUCUAAUAAAUUUUGCAUCAUGGCUAUCCAAGAAGGAGUUAUCCCACCCUUAGUGGCGUUGUCUCAAUCUGGAACUACGAGGGCCAAGGAUAAGGCUCAGGCACUGCUUAGCCUCUUCAGAAAGCAUGUGCAUAGUAAUGUUGAAGAAGUCCACUAAUCUUGAAGUAUGUGUGACCGUCCGUGACAUAAACCCUGGAUGUCGCUGCUGUUGAGGGGGCGUAUAAAUUUUCAUGCCACAAUAACGUUACAUCAGGAGGUAGCUGAUGGUUGCUGUGCCUAUAAUAUCAAGAACUAAGAAGAUGAGCAAGAGCUGAACCCUAAGCAUCAACAGACAACAACUGAUCCUCCAGUAUUUGAUGUUAUGUCAACAGUAUGAACUCAGUCAGACGAGAAGGGUGCUUUAUCACUAGCCAAUAUUUGGAUGUAAAUCCAUUAGGAAUGCUUUUCCACUAAGCUUGUAACUUUCUAAACUAGUCUUGCCUGAUUUGGAUCCAUUUUAGAAUCUAAUUUAAAUAAUUUUUAUGUAAAAUUCAUUCAGAAAUCAAAACAGUUCGUUUAAAUUA